AUGGCUGGUUCCAAGCACAAGCCCAAUCUCUCGCAGAGCUCCAACUCGAGCUCCGAAGAUGGCACCACCUCGCGCGCGAGCUCCAGCAGUCAUGCGCAACCCUCCACCUCACAACAGCCCACACUGAGUCGGUGGGAGCGCCUCCGCCGACCGUCGGCGGCGAGCUCGACCAAGCGACCCACCUUUGCCGAUGCGAGCUCUAGCACCGUCACCUCUCCCACGUCGCCCUUUUUUCCGCUUCCCAGUCCCGGUGCGCAGUCGUCCAACAUGAUGCGCACCGCAAGCGACGACAGCUACAUGCACAUCCUCGCGGCGUCGGCUGCGGCGCGCAAGGCUGCGAUGGACUCCGGAGCGGUGGUGUCGGAUACAGCAUCCGUGAGCUCCUUCACCUGCUCGCUGAGCAAGGAGUUCGAUCGACAAAGGACGGAUGUGGCGACGUUGAAUGCGUCAUUGCCAGACCUACCGGCGUCUGCGCAGGCGUCGAUCAGGGUGCAUUCAACCAACGGAGGUGGGGACAAGAAACAGGCUUGGUUGGAUACCACCUUCAACAAGCUCUCUGCACGCUAUCGUUGUCCCAAAAAGGCCAAGGCCCCCGCAUUGAAGCCGAACAAACCGCACUUCUUGGAUCUGAGCAGCAUCAUCUGUCCCAUCCCCGCGCGCCCGCAUCGCGCCACGCCAGAGGACGAGGGCGAGGCAGGCGAUCGAUCUUCCAGCAGCUCCUCAUCGUUCGCUUCCGGACCCGAUUCGUCGUUCGAAGCCAUGUCCGGAUGGGACGUCUCCUCGGCCGACACAUCGUACGAGCUCCGCACGCCGCAGGCCGAAGACGACCGCGCAUGCUAUUAUGACUUUACCACUCCGCGUCCUUCGCAGAUGCAACGCUUCGCAUCUGCUCAAGCGGCCGCUUUGGGGAGCGGAAUGCGUCUUCCUUCGCCACCACUCAUCUCGCCCCUCAUGCCCAAUUUCGCGUUGCCCACAUCGGGCGCUUCUACACCCGGAUUUGCUCCCCCCAGCGCGAACAACUACGGCUUCCCGCCGCCACCCCAGAUGUCCGGCCGGGGCGUUACCGUGGAUGAUAUUCAGCAUAAGCCAACGCUUUCCGUGCGCACGACGACGAACGGAGGAACGCUGCCGGCGAUGCGCCAGCUGCGCAAGCAGAAAUCGUUCGACAACCCCGCCGAGCUGCGUCGUCGCCAGAAGCAGGAGUGGAGUGUGGGGGGACCGAAACCGCCUGGUUUCGGGGGCAAUGCGGGGUUGACCAUUGGCAUCCCUACCCAGCCUGUACGAGGAGGGGGGCUGUUGUCGCCACAAACGACGGUGCAUCCGCUCCAAAGACGAUCGCCCGGCCCAUCGCAAGCGAUGCUCCUCCCACCUCACAGUCGCGUCGCCGACAUGGCCCGACCCUCCGCAAUGCAGCGCGGCAUGUCGCACGACACCUCCCUUUCUCCACCACGACGGCCCGGUCUGGCCCCGCGCGCCUCCAGCAGCGCACUGCGCACCCUCGACACCUCCCGCCUUGGCCUUGCACCGGCGAUGAGCGAUAUCGAUCCUCAUUCCUCUACUGGCUUCUCCCACUCUGCUCGCCCAACCCCAUCAGGUCGACGAAUGGUCAGCUCGCCUCUGACCAGCCCGACGGGUGUCCCGCCGCCGCUGCUGCCCGCGAGCUCACGGGAGUCCUUCGGAUCGAGCGCAACAGAGUCCUUGCCACCAACACCGUUGUCGGGUACGUUCCUGAGGCUGCCUGGCGAGCCACCGAUUUCGCCGCGCGAGACGAGGCGCGAGCGCGAUGGCUAUGGAACCGUACCGCUUGGGUCAGCGUUGGGUUUGAUGCCGGGUAAGAUGGUUAGGGCGUAUUCGGACUUUUCCCACCCCUUGCCAGCGGACGAAGUGGGUAGGGUCAGAGUGGGAUCUCGUCUACGGGACGACGAGGUGGGACGAACGCACAUGACGCCUCGUCAAAAGCCUCGACCGGAAAUGCGACGCGAACAUACUUCGAAUGCGAUCCUGACGAGUCCCCAGAAGACCCGAUCCCCGCCAUCCGCGGCGGCGAUGGAGGCGUCCUUCUCGGCGAGCGCCACCAUCACCCCUCGCUCCUCCAGCUUGAAAGACCUCCUUGCGGCAGAAGCGAUGGGUGGAGACGUCGCAAGUCUCGGUCGAACCAGCACCGACUCGGGUCGAUCCGAUUCCAGUCUCGCCUACACCAAGCCCUCCCCUUUGAUUCAACAGGGAGAAGCGAGCAGCUUGCACAGCAUCACCCCGACCAACUCGUACAGUAACAUCGUCCACACGCCCACAAAGUCGCAGUGGAGCCCCGAGAGUCCCGCUCCCAAGACCCAACCGGGCGCAUUUGUGGGGGCCAGACAAAGGGCCAAUAGUAGAGCCGACGAGUUCGCUGCCAACUUUCGCAAGUUUACCGGCCGCAGCACCGCGCCCAUGCCCACGGCGACCGGCGCCAAGUAG